AUUCACGAACCAACUAAAAAAAUUCAGGGUUGGCCCAACGAAAACCCCACUACUCUGUAAUCUGUAUGGCUGUUGUUUUUAUUCCAUUCGCUUGUCAAACUAGUGCAGGGCAUAAAAUCUCCCUCAGCCCUUCCUCACAGUUCACGACUCCACCACUUUCCCCUCCUCUCUCCUACUAAUACCUUCACUCGCUCUCAUGGCCUCAGAGCCUAUAGAGUGCCAGGUUCUGGUGCUGAGGGUGUCCAUUCACUGUGAAGGAUGCAAGAAGAAGGUGAAGAAAGUGCUCCAAAACAUUAAUGGCGUAUACAGAUGCGACAUCGAUGCCCGGAGCAACAAGGUCGUGGUCACGGCCUCUACGAAGCUCGAUCCCAACAUCCUCGUUGCCAAGUUGCGCAAGUCCGGCAAGCAGGCCGAGCCGUGGCCCGAGCAGCCGAUGGCACAGCAGCAGCCACCUGCAGAGAGCCAAAGCCAAGAGCCCAAGAACGAAAACAACAAGCCGAGCAAACCCAACGAACCUGCCGCGAAUCCCGGCGCCGACAACGCCGAGGCCGCUGCGGCAGAGCCGAACAAUCCUCAGCCUCCUCCGGAGCCUAAGCAGAGCAGCGCCGGUGAGACCCCAAAGCCGGCUCAAGAGAGCAAGGAGGCCGCCAAUGCUGAUGCCAAUGGAAAUACCGGUGUUGAGACCACGGCGGCAACCGGGCAGCAGCAGCCCAACGACGCGAAGGGGAAAGCGAAGCAGCAGCCGGUCGAGGCCAGGGUGACGGUGGAGUACGACCGAGGCGUCGGCAGCUACGCGAACCGCAUGCCACCACCGCAGCAGCCGGUGCACGUCAUGAGCUACAACGUGGCGCGGCCGAGCGCGAGCGCGUCCUACUACGCCCCCGCGCCGGCGCCAGCCCCUGCACCAGCGCCCAUGCCGAUGCCGAUGGCGAGGCCGGGGCCGUCACAGGGCUACAUUGACGAGCACUACACGCCGUCUUACUACACCCGGUCCUCACCGUACGAGCCGUACUACUACCCUACUCAGGCCUCGCCGUAUCGCUAUCAGUAUCAGCCUGCUUCCACGGAGGACUACUACUACGGCGCGCCGCCGCAGAGGAGCGCCUUCUCGCCGCCGCGGGAUGGCUACGGCGACAUGUUGAACGACGAGAAUGCCAAUUCUUGCAGCGUGAUGUGAAAGGGAUGGAAGCGGAAGCGGAUUACUAGCUACUUUACUGUUCCUUAAUCAACUAUGACUAUAUGUUAGGUGGUUACGAUUAGUACAAGUGAACGAUGUAUUAGCACUGCUCAGGCUUCAUGGCGCUAGAAUAAGAUGAGCUGAGCUUGAAUGUUUGAUGCAUGAGAGAGUGUGAGGGCCUAAUGGAACAGCUCUGGUGUUCAUCAGAGCAAUUUUGUAACAUUUGACACAGUUAAACGGGAGAUAUCAUCUCUUCAAGUUCA